CCGCAAUUUCCAAAGGGAUUCACUUCUUCGUGGAGUUCUGGAAACCUGUUGUGUCAUGUAGUCUUUGCGCUGCGACGGAGAUCAUUUGCUACAUACUGUGCAGGACACAGAGGCCAGUCAUGGAUGUUGAACUUGACAGCAUAUCUUCGGAAAGCACCCCUUUGUCCGGCCACCUAGACGCCGAGACCAACGAGGUUACCUUUGAAAGCCGGAGCGUGCACUGCCAGAUGUUUGAACAAGAAGAUAUCUACAGCCAACAAAAAAAGUCCUCCUCUCCGCCUGUUCUGGAUAGCAUUGGCCAUAGUGACAGUCAUCACCCUCUUCUGGAACCUGUCAUUCUGCAGCAUUCUGCAUCUUGGACGUCUUCAUUGUACAGUGAUCCAAAGGCUUCCGAGCCUGGCCAGCAAUACACCACAGGUAUGCAUACAAGCAUAAGUCAGAUAAUUAAAGACAAAACACUGAAGCCAUCCAGAAGAAGUUUGCCAUGCCUUGCUCAGAGUCAGACUCAUCCUCAGAACCUGAACAGAACACUCUCUUUGCAUCCAGCAAAUCAGAUUCAGUCAAAGCCUGUGAGUGCUGGCACAUCCACAGUGAAUGUCCCCUGCAAGAAAGGUGGAGUUAAGGAUGUCUAUAUUGAGGAGCCGGAACACUCGGCAUAUGACUCACGGACAGAUGAGUCUCUUCUAAUCCAAAAAACACCAAAUCAUCCCAAACUUGAAGCUCGCACAGAGUCAUUGCAGGAAAACAAUUUUUCUGUACCGUCAAGCUUAUUAUUCCGAGAUGGUAAGAAGAGAAUUGACUACAUAUUAGUUUAUAAAAAAUCCAGCCUUCAAGUCGAGAAACGGUGCACCUUUGAGAGGAACCUUAGGGCAGAAGGCUUGAUGUUGGAGAAAGAGCCAUCACUGACAAAUGGGGACAUCAUGUUUGUAAAGAUUCAUGCUCCCUGGGAGACACUGUGCAAGUAUGCUGAGCAGAUGAACAUCCGGAUGCCUUUCAGAAAGAAGUGUUAUUUUACUGACUGGAAGAGCAAAUCCAUGGGCAGGUGUCAGCGUCACAUGCGACAACUAAAGAGUUGGCUGCCAAAAAAUCCCAUGAAGCUAGACAAGGAAGCUUUGCCAGACCUUGAGGAAACAGACUGUUACACCGCACCAUUUUGCCAGGCCCGCAUGCAUCACUUCACUAUCAACAACAAAGAAACAUUUUUUAGUAAUUCAACAAGGAGUCGAAUUGUCCACCAUGUGCUACAGAGAACUAAAUAUGAAGAUGGUAAAUCAAAAAUGGGAAUCAACCGUUUGCUGGGUAAUGGAACCUAUGAAGCUGCUUUUCCACCACAUGAGGGCAGCUAUAAAAGUAGACAUCCAAUCAAAACACAUGGUGCUCAGAACCACCGACAUCUGUUGUAUGAGAGAUGGGCACGAUGGGGUAUGUGGUACAAGUAUCAGCCUUUAGAUUUAAUAAGACGAUACUUUGGAGAGAAGAUUGGCCUAUACUUUGCUUGGCUUGGUUGGUAUACUGGGAUGCUGAUUCCUGCUGCCCUUGUUGGCCUGUUUGUUUUUCUUUAUGGCUUAUUCACAAUGGACUCUAGUCAGGUCAGCAGGGAGAUUUGUGAUGCCAAUGACACCAUUAUGUGUCCAAUGUGUGAAAAGAACUGCUCCUCUUGGAAACUUAGCGACAGCUGCAUUUAUGCAAAGGUGACUCAUCUCUUUGAUAAUGGAGGGACAGUGUUUUUUGCAAUCUUUAUGGCAAUAUGGGCAACGGUGUUCUUAGAGUUCUGGAAGAGGCGGCGAGCAGAGCUUACUUAUGAUUGGGAUCUGAUUGACUGGGAGGAGGAAGAGGAAGAGCUGCGCCCACAGUUUGAAGCCAAGUAUUCAAAGAUGGAGAGAGUUAACCCCAUCUCUGGGAAACCUGAGCCAUUCCAGCCUUUCACAGACAAACUGAGUCGCCUGAUGGUGUCUGUCUCUGGAAUCUUCUUCAUGAUCUCCCUUGUUCUCACAGCGGUGUUUGCUGUGGUGGUCUUUCGGCUGGUGGCCAUGGAACAAUUUGUUUCAUUUGAAUGGGAAUUUGUUAAGAAAAACUGGCAAUUUGCAACAUCAGGAACGGGUGUUUGCAUAAAUUUUGUCAUAAUCAUGUCUCUAAAUGUGGUGUAUGAAAAGGUAGCGUAUCUACUCACAAACUUGGAACACCCCCGCACUGAGUCAGAGUGGGAGAAUAGCUUCGCACUCAAAAUGUUUCUGUUCCAGUUUGUGAACUUGAACAGCUCUAUAUUUUACAUUGCUUUCUUUCUUGGCAGGUUUGCUGGCCGCCCUGGAAAAUAUAACAAACUGUUUCAGAGAUGGAGGCUAGAGGAGUGCCAUCCCAGUGGUUGUUUAAUAGACCUUUGUAUGCAAAUGGGAAUCAUUAUGGUUUUAAAACAAUUUUGGAACAAUUUCAUGGAACUCGGCUAUCCGUUAUUACAGAACUGGUGGUCUCGAAGAAAGAUAAAGAAAGGAGGCCAGUGUUUGGAAAACAAAGUUUUAUUACCUCAGUGGGAUAAGGACUGGAACUUGCAGCCUAUGAAUGCUCAUGGCUUGAUGGAUGAAUACCUGGAGAUGGUGUUGCAGUUCGGCUUCACUACCAUUUUUGUGGCUGCUUUCCCCUUGGCUCCCCUGCUUGCACUACUCAACAACAUCAUUGAGAUAAGACUGGACGCCUACAAGUUUGUCACUCAAUGGAGACGGCCAAUGCCAGCAAGAGCCACAGACAUUGGUAUCUGGUAUGGAAUUUUGGAAGGAAUAGGUGUCCUUGCUGUCAUAACAAAUGCAUUUGUAAUUGCCAUUACCUCAGACUACAUCCCUCGAUUUGUCUAUGCUUUCAAGUAUGGCCCGUGUCAAGACCAGGGCUAUAGACAAGAAAAAUGUUUAAAAGGAUAUGUGAACAGCAGCUUGUCUGUAUUCAAUAUGGCGGAGCUUGGCAAUGGGUACACAGGAUACUGUAGAUAUCGUGACUACAGGGCACCACCAUGGAGCUCUGCUCCUUAUGAUUUCACACUACAGUUUUGGCAUGUGUUAGCAGCUAGGCUCGCCUUCAUCAUUGUAUUUGAGCACCUGGUGUUUGGUAUUAAAUCUUUCAUUGCCUACUUAAUUCCGGAUAUGCCUAAGGACCUCUGUGACCGCAUGAGGCGAGAAAAAUAUCUAGUCCAGGAGAUGAUGUAUGAAGCAGAGCUGGAACACCUUCAAAAAGAGAGGAAGAAAAAUGGCAAACGAUAUCAUCAUGAAUGGCCUUAGUCAAGACAUGCCAAUGUUUUUGCCAUAUGAAAGCUGAAUAAUUUGACAGAGAGAGUGCAUCCAGGGUUGUUGGGAAAAGGAUGGAAGGAGGACUUGCCACUGCUGCUUUCUUGUUCUGAGAAUAAAAACCCUUGCAGAUCAGCAAGCAGCAGUCAAAGAGUUGAAAAAAAAAAGUGUAGCGUAAAGUUGUGUUUUACUGCUUUGAUCCGACAAGCCAAACUGAAUGCUAAAUGCUUGUGAGACAAAAAAUGUAAUGCUCACAUAGCUUAUUUUAAUAUUUACUAUGCAGAACCAUCUCUGUGCUUUACCACAGUGAUGUCUUUCUCCCAUGCAAAUAAUGCCUAAAAAAAUUUCUGUCCUUAAUCUUUUGCCACCAUUCUAACUCGCCCUAACCAUGCAGAGCUGAAAGGUUGUGAUUUGCUACAAAUUUCAUAUGGUCCUUCCUUGACGCUAAUAGCCUUUUGUUUCAAGGCUUCACAGACUGAGCAAGUGCAUGCAGCAGAAUGUCAUCUAGAGCUCUGGUUGUGGUGAUGUACAUCCCACCCUUUUGAAGUGGGGACUCAAAGCAUGCAGGUAUUUAUUACAUGCAGUAUUGUUUUAUUCUGCUUCCGUUCAGGCACUUAAGCUAAACAAGCAUUCUUUAAGCAAUGAAAGAGGACAUCUCAUGAGCAAUGAAUGCUUCACUUUAAAAGAGAGUGAGAUGGCUCUCUGAAGUUUAUUUUUUUAUGUGCUAUUUUUCUGCUAUUUGGGAGGCAUGGUGGUUUGGUAAUAUUGCUGAACUGUUACUACUGUUGCUAAUAUUGUAAUAUGAUGCUGUCAGCCAUAUCAGCGUAUUGUUGUACAUCUAGCAGGAAUUAAUGCUAUUAUGUAACAGAUAGUUUUGCAUGAUCAGAGUAUAACUAAGCACAUUACUUUGUAGGCACUUUAAAGCACCAUCUUCUACUUUCAUUUCAACCCUGAAGUGGUCUUUGUCAUUCUCCUCUGAAACAGGGUUACAGCCAGAUGCGGGUUCCCGUAGCCUUGUAAGUAAUAAUAUUCUCAGAUAUGAAUCUAUGCUGCAUUUUAAUUACUAUGGCACCAUAAAAUGACUAUGCACAUGUCCUGCCUGCACUGUAAAAUAAACAGCAGUAGUAUUAGUGUCACUAUGUUUUUCACGCUGAUAAAUAAUACUUAGUGGUUUUGGCUGGCUCAGGACAUUUUUAAAAUUAAAACAGCAGAAAGUAGAAAAAAAGAUAGGUUUAGGAUAGGAAUGUUUUGAAGAAAAAAGUCUGCAUUCUCCAAUGGUAUUCACUGUGAAGAUCAGAAUAAAGAAGAUUUGAAAGGCUUCCUAGCACACAACACAGUUUUUCUUCUACACAGCUGAAGGGUCCCCCAGUAUCAGACUGUGCCAGAUUGCACUUUAUCUUCCAUGUUCAACUAGGCUUCCUCACCCCUGAAGAGGGUGCUGCUGGCUGAGCUUUAUCCUACUGAUUUGGCAUCUUCUGUAUGUCAAGAGCUUAUGCUUUUGAAAAAUGAUUUUAAAAACUGCAAACUUUUGACUGGUUACAUGUUGGUUGAACAUACAUGUAAGAAUUUCACUGCAACAAUAUGACUACUACUACUAGUUUAUUAAAAAUAUAUUAGAACAUUAGAACA